ACGCGAUUCAGUCAUCGUUAUCAAUUCAAUGCGAACAGAGCGUGGCUGGAAAUUUCAAAAUAUUUUUCACUUACCUUUACUCUGUGUUGGUAGAUUGGCUAAGAACGGAAGUGGCAGUGAAGGUGGCCGAGAGUGGCAGCAGUGUUAUUGAGAGCAUUGGCAAAGGCGAAAUUCCAAAAAAUAUACGAAAAUAAAUUAAAGAGAAAAAAAGACAACAGCAACUACAAGAAAUAUAAGCGAGCGUCAAACGAGACCGGCAAAAUACAACGGCGAAAGUGAAGCAAACAAGUUUGUGUGUUUGCGUGUGCGUUUAUUUCCGUGGAAGUCAAUGUAAUAGAAUUGGCCAAUAACAAAGUUUUCGCCAAGUUUUGGUUUAAUUUGGUUUAUUUCGUUUCAUUUGUGUCUCGAUCAAAUUUAGCCGAAGGUAAUACAAUGAAAUUAAGAGUUAUAUAUUUAUUUUUACCGAAUAAAUGUAACAAAUAGACAAGGGAAUUUAUAAAAGAUGGCAAAUUGGUAAAUUUGUCGACACUAACAAUAGCAAAGUGUGCAACAAAAGCCAAUGUGAGCCAGUGAGGGAAAACUAGUUUGUAAGCAACAAAUCCACCGCCAAUCGGCUUAACGGUUUCGUAGAAAUAUUGUCGUUGGUAUAGCGGCUCAUAAGCAACUUGUUUGUUUACUAGAAUAUAUAUGAAAGAAACACCGUUAUUUUCAAUACAAAAAUCGAUUCUAGUUUGCAAUUUGCACAAUGCUCUUGUGCCCAUAAAUAAAUUAGCAACUGCAGCUUAACUAGUUAUGAAAUUAAUCCCGUAUGCCAGCGGCUGCAUAAAUAAAUAUUUGCUGGUAACAACAAUAUUGCUCUCCGCUGCGUACGUUGCUCUGAAUCGGCACGAAAAUACACUGGCAUACUGAGAAUUAUAUGGCAAUAUAUUAUAUAUGGUAUCAUUAAAACUGCUAUCAACUAUGAAAAACUACUGGCAUUAAUUUAACAUGAAAAUAUGCCUGAUCUGAAGAUCGAACGCGCACAUACACAUAUGACUCUACCAACUGCCAUCAUAUGUAUGGUAUGACACAGCGUAUACGUAACUCUACUUAGUUUCUGAAUAGCGGUAAGCCAGCUUUGAAUUGCAAAAGCAUGUCAUAUAGCAGAACAAAUAAAAUAAAAUAGAAAGGAAAAGGGAACUGAAGCGAAUUUAAGAUGAAUACAAACCAGCACAACUAAACUUAAAUAAAAGUAACAGCAAUUUUGCGGCUUAUGAUUCAUGCUAAAACCCGCUACUGCUCACAAAUUUCUAGCAGCAACACUAUUUCCAACUGCGUUAUGCAAAAACAAUUACAACAGAAACACAAAACCUAUUAGUGGCUGCAAAGGGUGUGUAAUACACGUGCGUGCUACAACCGUAAUACCGUUAUUAUUGCAUAAUAUCCGCACCAACGACAGCAAGGACACUAAAAAAUAAAAAAAAAUUAAAAUAUAACAGUAAUAAUAACAACAACAAAAGUGUGAGCAACAUAUGAAAAUGAAAGCCAAACAUAAAACGUGUGUUGUGGCGGCCGCGGCGGCGGCGACCGGCGUUGGUGUCGGCGCUGGUGAGAAAAUGAAAUCGGUGAUAUUGUAUCCAUAUGGACCGCUAACAGGGACAGGAUGUUGUCGCAUGCUACAUGCGAAAAAUUUGGCGUUAACAAGUGCGAUUUACACAAUUAAUAUGUCACUACUGAUUGUAUUGAUUUACUCCUGGCGAAUUAAUGUGAAUAUGCGCAAGGUGGAGUCAUUGGAGGAUGUUUACUAUGGUGUUCAAAUAGCUUAUUUCGCCAUUAUCGGCACUCAAAUGUCCAUGAUAGUGCUGAGUGUAAUGUUAAUAUUCGGAAUUUAUAAGGAGAAUCCCGGUCUCAUUGUGCCAUGGAUAAUUGGCUACAUCACGUUUAUGGCGCUGGAAGCGGUGGCCAUGGUCUACUCCAACGUUUUACGAGAUCAUGUAAAUAAGCAAUUUGAUGCAAUGUGCAAAGCGGAAGUGGCCUUCUUCAUACUUCGCGCAGUCAUUAAUGUGCUCGCCAUGUGGGGCGUUUUGCGAUUCUACAAUUUGGUACGUUCUGGUAUCACAUGGAAGGGUCCUGAGGUAAUUGAACUAAGAUAUAACGGCAACGACUCUCACCAAGUCGAAACACGCUUACCAAGUAGUCACACAUAUCACCUCUCCUCCCAUUACCAAUCGCAGGCAAAAACCACUUCGUCGGCAGCAGCGACGACGGCAUAUCAUCACUGUAACGGCGGCAGCGAAAGCAAACAGCGUCGCCUCAACUACAUACCCGAUGUUGAGCGCAAACCGACCGGCUGUUGCUUCUUCGACUUCGACGAUUACGAUGAAGAUGACGAUGACGAAGAACUGGAAUGCGGCGAUGACGAUUACGAUUAUGAUGAUUACUACUAUGACGAUGACGAUGAGGAUAGUUCCGAUUGCACGAUGCUCGGCGCCAUAUCAAUGCAUCAGAAACGUCAGUGCCACCGCACACUGCGACCGUCACACCUGCACGUACACACGCACUCAUCGCGACCGCGGAACAACAACAUACGCACUGUGUUGAUUAACAAACGGCAUCAUAAGUACAAAAUCACACAGCCGCAGACACGACUCGAGGUGAUCAACGAGUCGGAGCGUAGUGCGGGCAGUGGUAGUGAUGAGAACGAUUCCUUGUUGGUCGCUUAUGAUAGCACAUCGUCGUUGGCGUCGGUUUGACAUUGGCCGGCGUGCGCUUGUAGUUGCUUUGGAAAUGCGCGAAAGGACGAUGGAAGCGGCAACGGCGAUAGAGCUGACGGCGUCGGGCAUAAUGAACCGGCAAUCGCGACAGCCGACGGCGAAGCGGCCGAAUUGCAGCAAUUACAGUUGCAAAUUUGGCAGCAGCAAUGGUUACGACGACAGCAGCGGGGUCAACGCAAGUGGCAACGCGAGCUUCAGCGUCAGCGCCGAUGUCCAUUACGACGAGUCAACAGCGCUGUGAAUAUAGCGAUAAUGAUAUUGCUGGUAGUAGUUGAGAUAUACGCACAAGUUUCGGUACUUCUGUAAAAUGUGUUGCGCGUUCUUUAUUUAAUGAGUUUAAAAGUUGGCGAGCUUACAUUUAGUCAUGAUAUACUUAUACACAUUUGUAAUCAUGGAUAACCUUGUAAUUACCAUUCUUCGGCCGAAAUUGAUAGGCUUAAUAAAAGUAAUCAAGUAAAGCUCCGGUUGACUCUGGGUUAUCUCUGUUCUGUAACGUUCCUGCGGCUGUUUACUAAAACGUGGUAUUUGGGCAAAUUGCAAUGAAGGAUAGGUAUCACUUUCCGUCCGAGCGAUCCGUAUUAGGAAAUCAUACAAUAGCGUCUCAUCAUUAUGCUAUGCAUUCUCCCAACUCUACUUUACCAAAUUUCUGAUGGAAAUCUACCUCAAAGAUGCCCUAUAAUGACCUCUACUAUAUUGCUUGGUCCCCUCUUUCUUAAAAGCUCUAACCUAAAUUUUCGUCAGAUUAACUGAACGUUCUAACAUGUAGUGUAAGAAAAUAAAAGGUCUUUUAGUGUAUCAGACAGAACAUGUGAGCAAAGUGGACAAAAGGACCAAACUGUUGAGUUCAAGUAAAAGUUCGCUUAAUGCUCUACUCGUAAUGCUACGUAAUAUAUUGUAGUUUCUUAGUUGAGAAACCAGAAAUGUUCGCUCAAAUAUUUUUAACCCAAUUGCCGUUGCGUGCACGAAACUUCUUUCCCUUACUCUGAAACAAAGUCAACGGUGUCGACCGACUUUUUAGGGCAUUUAUUCGGCGACAUUCAAGUCACAUUUUAAUAUUUUUAGUUAGUGAAAAUCUGAGUUAAACAAAUAAUUUUAUAAUCCGAAAACAACUGUAAUUUACGGAAGUUUUAGAUAAAGAGCAGCAGGUCUAAGUAGCUCUUUAGACACAAAACUAAGCAGGCUUUUUAGUUGGGCAUAGCCGCAAAAAUAAAAUGUUUCAUAAAGAAGCCUUUGCGACAUCAAGCGCAAUUACAGACUUGAAAACCUUCGGAUACUUUAUAAUUUUAUUGAUACUUCUCCUAUCUGUAGUCUUUAACAAAACAUGUUAUUAUAUUUUUUUUAGAGAGCUAUCUUUCGAGUCAUUCAAAUUAAUCUCCCUGGGAUAAAUCAAAGAGUUUAUAGAAAGUAGGUCUCUUAGGCGAGAGGCUUUGUGUAUUUAACUGGCAGAAAGCUUAAUUACAAAAUGCUAUUUACUACUUGAUAGCAUACAAAUAUUAAGUCAAAACAAGUGAAAAAAUAAAUUAGGUAAAUUUAAGCUUUAUUAGCCGCAACAUUUUUUAAAUAUCGAAAAUUAAACACUUAUUUAACGUAGCUUAAAGUAAAAGUGUAAUUUUCUAAACAGCUUAUUUGUUUUCUAACUAUUAUUAAAUUUCAUAACUAAAAAAAGAUAAGCUAAGGGCUAUUGGCAACACGGCAAACUUUUGCUUACUUCCGCUGCAAGCUUUUCGGAUUUCCCUCACAACUUUAAUGGCUUUACUUGGCACUGGUUUUAUACCACACUACAGGACUGCGCACAGUUAUACAUACAUAUUAUUUGCUCAUAUACAUAAAUCCGCAAAUAUUAAGUUAUUAAAGUAGAGUUGAGUUAAGAAAGUUCUUAUUUUAACAGUUUAAUGGUAAUAUGAAGCAAAAUCCUGCUAAACACGCACAAAAGCAAUAUAUUCUGAUGGUGUAAAAUUACAUUUUUAUUUCUAUUUUUAAUAUAUUUCUGUAAUAAAAAGUAAAACACAACACGUUCAUACAAUUACAUUCUGUACUAUAAUCAGUAUAAUUAACCUCAAUAUCAAUAUAACCAUUUUCAGUUUUAUGGCUGAUAAUUACCGAUAUUAUAUAUAAAUAUAUGGUAUGUGAUGAACGAGAAGCCUAAAAUGGAGUAAGAAUCCUAUUAUUGCCUUGUGGUAGAAGCUUUGCUUGGUUAAGUGUUAUUUAAGGUUCCUUCAGUAGAUCUUUUGUAAGAUCUUACCUUUGUUUUGUUGUUGAAUGUUUAGAGCGGUAAAAAUAGAAAGUCACGCCAAGAUUUAUCUUCUUUUUAGAUUUGGGAAUAAUUCAGUGCAACCAUAUUUAGAUCAGGAAAUAAAAGGCGUAAGUUCAGAUCUACGUUUUUGCGACCCAAAUUACUUCACAAAAUGAUUUCAACAAUGAUAAUGUAUAUAUCCAAACUUUUUUUGAUAUUUCGAAAACAUAGCAAUACCACCAUCUUUCGCACGCAAAUUAAAGCCUUAAAAUAUGUAUUUGGAAGUAAUCUCGCCUAAACUAGGGCCAAUAAUCUUAUUCCACUUUGUCAAGGUGUAUCCAAAUCAUUACGAGUUCUAUACUUAUCCAGCAAGUUGUUCAGGUGUUUGCUAUAAUGAAUUUCUUCGUUAUUAAACUUUCAUUCGUUGUCCACAAAAAAAUUUACAUAUUUUAAAAUCUCCAUUUAAGCAGUGCUGCCGUUGUCAACAAAGUUGGAAUCAAUCCUAAAAUGUUUUCCACUUAUAAACCCCUUUAAAAAUGUUCAUCGUUACCUGGUGGCUUUUCAAAUCAUCACUCAUGCCAUUCUAUUGAAAUAAGAAAAAACUCCCUUUUAGUUUAACCAUUAGCUGGUAACAUUGCCUUAUUGUGGCUGAAUUGAGCAUAAUUCAUACUUAUGCUGAACGAAACGUUAGAUUAGCUAAUCUAAAAGUGUUUAUUGGCUGUGACCUGUUACUAAAUUUCAGGGAGUGGUUUUCUGGCCGUAUAUUAAAGAGUAAUUAAUAACACUGAAGAGUUAAAUUAAUCAAAUAAGGGAAUAAAUACAUCCAUUGAUCUCUGCACCAUUUGUUUCUGGUUAUCAAAGUAUUGUCUUAUUCCAAAAUGAAAUCUAAAGAUUAUUCAACGAGUGGAUCGUUGUAUACCUUUUUGUUAAACCUUUACAUAUGUGAAGGGUAUGCAAUUUAUAUCAUAAUAAAUUAAUAUGGAAUUCACCACUUUAAAUAUGAGGAGUUACCAAUUUAUGGUUUUUUAAACUAUAUCAUUAGCUUUUAACCUCUGGAAAUGCUUGCAUCAACUCUUUCCCCCUCUCCAACUCUCCAUUAAGGGCUUUAGUAUGUAGAUAUAUUGGCUGCGGCCAACAAGCGAGAGGAAGAAAUUAUUUGGCAUAACCUUAUAUCCUGCUGUGUGGAUUGUUUUUGUAAGGGCGAAAAGCAGCGCUUUAAUUGCCGAUAUUCGAAAGUGUUGCAUGAAUUUCAAUGAGCCGUAUUACUGUGUUCAAAAAAUUUGCAGCUUUAGCUGCUUAAUGUUGUCGGGCUGAACUCAGUCAAAUCGCGCAGCGAGAAUGGUGAUUACAAGCAGCUUGCUUUUAUGGCUCUAGUUAUAUAUAGCGAACCAAAGCAAGAACGAAAUCUACGAAAUCGAGCAAAACCAAGCGAAAGUAUCGAGAGUCACAUUACUAUUAUUUUUUGAGCAUUAUUAUACCGUUAUGAAUUGUUGACGCAAAACUAAGAAAAAACAGAAAAAGUUAUCAAACAAAAUAGUUUCUAGAUUAAGACACAAUAAAUAAAUACUCGUAUACAUGCGUACAUACCUUUAUGUGAGAUUCAAAAAAGGAGAACCAAAAUGUAUUUUAGCAGGACAAUAGCAGAAAAACAAAUAAGCAUUGACACCAUGUAAUAUUAUAGUUAUAAUUGUAGCUUAUGUAAUAAUUAAUUAAGCAAAAGCUUUAUAGCUGUACUUGCAUGUACAUAUGUAAAUAUAAUGUUAUACGUUUAUAUAUAAAAUAUAUAAUUCAAAGCAUAUAACAAAUGUUAAGUCAGUUGCAGUGGCUAAAAAAUACUUGAAGAUAGUCAUACAUACUAGAAAUCUAAAUUUAGUUAGCUUCAAUUGUAUAUAAACUAAGUUAUAAGCUAAGUUACUUUGAUUUCAUUUUGAAGCUUUGCUAUUAUAUGUGUCGCGGCGGUCGAAAAAGUAUUCCGUGGCUAAAUUUAAUUUUCAAAAUGGCCACAAAAUAAUGAUUUUUGUAUUCUAUCAAUUAGACAUGCCCUAAUGUUAGAAAAGUUUGAAACAGUAUUUAAAAAGUAUUAUUAUUACAAGUAUAUUCAUAAAGAUUACUCAAAAUUUUCAAAUACACACCAAGUUUGAAAUUUUUAAAACUUCGUUAAUUUUUUUCUAUUUUGAUGGGUUAUACCUUUAAGAUUCCUUACAAGAACUUGAUUUUAAUCGGCCAGUUUGUAUGGCAGCUAUAUGCUAUGAUGGUCCGAUAUCGCCAGUUCCAACAAACGAGCGGCUUUUUGGUAAGAAAAGGGCGGUUACAAAAUUUCACAUCGACUAAUGGGCUUUCCAAAACCCUUCGCGAAAUUUGUAAAUCUACGUUGCUUUCUGAACACAUCUCGUAUGACUCUUCGCUGAAGAAAGACAGUUGUUUCACUCUUCGCUUGUUAAUUUAUCAAAAUAUACUGAACACAAAUUUCAAAGCCAUGCGUUUAUUUUGACCGCUGUUUUGAGUGCUAUCUCUCUAGAAAAUCUUAUACUACUAUCUAAAGAUGUUGUUUUUGUAAUUUCGUUGACCAAUUCCUUGGCUACUCGAGUUUCGCAAUUAGUACUCAUGGUAAUAUCUGCCUAUUCUCGGUUUAAAAAAUAUUAAUUAUUUAAAAUUUUAUUAUAUUUCGCUAACGAAAUCACAGUAAUUAAAUCGCUUUGUAAAGAAAUAUCUAAUUUUUUAAACUAUCUGAAAAUGUGAAUUAAAUCAAUUUUACUCCAAUUAAUUCUACCUUAGAUAAAUUUAUGAAAGUAAAAUACUUUAUUGUAGUUAAUACUAACUAAUCAUGCAUACCUUUCUUCCACUCAAGUCUUCAUAACGGCAAAUAAUCGUGGGUAGUAUAUGGUAUAUGUACAUCCACAUAAAUAAAAAAAUAAAUACACGUAAAAAAAUAUAAAUAGAGUAAUUAAUAAGUAGGCUAAAUAAAUUUGCGCAAAAGAGAAUUUGUAUCAAAGAAGUAUAAUAGCCAUAGCUUAAGAGUAGGGAGGCUUAUUCUUAGCAAAAUCUUGUUUUUGCGAAUAGGACGUUCAAAUGUAAAUAUAUAUAUAUUUAUAUAAUAGAAUUAUAUAAGUACCAGAAUAUGCGUCUGAUUAAAAAUUAUUAACAUAUACUAAUGUUAAUAACAACAGUAAAAGACAAAUGCUUUGUAAAUAAAUCAAGAAAUAUUUAAUCCCAAUACUCAAAUGGCAAUAAAAUGUGUAGACAGUGCAACAUUAAUAGAAAUAAAUAAAACAUGUACCAUAUAUUAUUAAAA